GUUAAUCUGCUUCUUUUUUAUUAGUUUUCAAACAUUUAUUGAGACAUAAUAAAAAUGUUUAUUUAUUUUAGUGUACAUAUAUAAUUUUUUUUUUUUUUGUUCUGUCUGUGUGUGAAAAUAGACCCUCUAAAGUUUGGAAUCCAUGCUUGGCUUCUUCAAUGGAAUGAAAUAAGUCAUGUUGGGUUUUGUUGUUUUCAGCUUUUCAUUCAGAUCCAUAUCUUUUCUGAAACUCUUUUAUAUCAACUUUGAAAGAUAUGAAAAACCCCAUUACUCAUUAGACCUUCUUUUUCAACCUCCUCUUAAAUAAUGUUGGCUUGUUUUUACAUCAUAAGUAGAUUUGGUGGCACUCUGUUCAGAUUGUAUUAACUGGGUUUUGAAAAAUUUAUGAAUAUCAGAUUAUAGUUUUGGUUGUUGGUUUAAGCAUUUAGAGCUUUACUUUUGCAAACAAGUUAAUCUUUACAACUUUAUUCUUAUAAUUUCUGCUCUGUUGGGUCAUUUUCAUGUUCAUGGACUUUUAAAGCUGUACUAUUUUUUUUAUUUAUUUUCAAAAUCUAUUCUGCCUUAAUUUUCCCUUCUUUUUUGGUUAAUCAGAUUUUUUUAAAAGGAUUUUAAUUUUCAUAUUGAAAAGGCUUCAUUAUAAUUAUUUCAUGUUUCUGGGUUUUCUAAUUGUCAUUUAUUUCUUAUACUGAUAAUAUAAACUAAUCAUCUUUUCUCAGGGAAAAAAGAAACUCAAAACAUUUGUGCAUUGUUUUCUAUUCUUUCAUUCUUUAAGUUUACAUUUCUUCAUUUUUUAUUCUCCUUUGAAACUUCUGAGCAAAGUGCCAAUCAAAUUUAUCACAGAUUGUAGAACUGAAAGAACAACAAUUAAAAAGAGUUAAAAAGAAAGACAAAAGAAAAACAGAGUUAACAACAUGAGUUUUCUAACAGGAUCCUCAGGAAGUUCCUGGCAGCCAAUCAUGACUGGAGAUACCACAGUUUCAAGUUACUGGCUGAACUGGAGAGUUUUGCUUUGUGCAAUAUGGGUCUUAUUCUCAAUGACUCUGGCAUUUCUUAUAAUAUUCAAGUUUGAAGGUUCAAAGAAACCAAGACAAGACAUUGGAGAAAACCAACAUGAAAGAGAUUCAGGGAUUUUAUAUGAGGAUGAAACAUGGAAGCCUUGCUUGAAAAAUAUCCACCCUGCUUGGCUGCUGGUUUUCAGAUUGGUUGCUUUCUUUGUUCUUUUGGUACUUCUCAUUGUCACUGCUUCUGUGGAUGGAGGUGCCAUAUUUUACUACUAUACUCAGUGGACUUUUACAUUGGUUACAUUUUACUUUGGGCUCGGAUCAUUGCUUUCCAUGUAUGGAUGUUAUCAAAAUCAUAAAAAAGCUAGUGGUGAUAAGGUGGAUAAUGUUGAAGUUGAUGCAGAGCAAGGCACUUACAUGACUCCAGCACUUGUUAUAGCAAAUUCAUUCAAUAGAGGAAAGAACUUAAGGCCCCAUGAAGAUCAUAACUCUCGCAAGCUUGCAGGAUUUUGGAGUUAUGUAUUCCAAAUAAUUUUUCAGAUGAAUGCAGGUGCUGUUAUCCUCACAGAUAUUGUCUUUUGGUUCAUUAUUGUUCCAUUUCUUACCAUCAAAGAUUACAACUUAAACUUUCUGAUAAUAAAUAUGCACACAAUCAAUGCUGUCUUCCUACUUGGUGAGACUGCUCUAAAUUGCCUGAGGUUUCCUUGGUUCAGAAUUGGGUACUUCUUCCUUUGGACGAUCUUUUACGUAAUUUUCCAGUGGAUUGUUCAUGCUUGUGUAAAACUUUGGUGGCCAUAUCCAUUCCUUGAUUUGUCAUCACCAUAUGCUCCACUAUGGUACUUAUCAGUGGCAUUAAUGCAUAUCCCAUGCUACGGUGUUUUUGCUCUAAUAAUGAAGCUCAAGCACCAUGUAUACUCAACAAAAUAUCCUGAUUCUUAUCAAUGUGAGAAGUAAUUUGUGGUAGAAGAAGUUCAGCAAAGGCAAGAAAAACAACAACAACAACAACAUUCUUUAUGGAAGAGAAAUACAGAAGUCAAAGAUUAGAGAGAUCACAUAGUUCCAUGUAUUGGACAAAUUUAUAGAAUACAUUGUUUGUUAAGGUAAGUUUUGGAUGUCACACAAGAUAAAUUGUACAAGAGAAAGAAAGAAAAAAAAGAGUAGACAUUUCUUUGUUUAAUUUGUUCAUAGAAGCACUCCUACAGAAAUGGCAUAGUUUGUAAGUACACAACAAAAUCAAAGCACUAGAAAUAUAAAUAUUUUUUUUUCUCCUAUCUGUCUUUGUAAAGAAGAAUUUGCCAAACUCUGGCCACCAGCUUAAUAUGUAUGAUAUAUCUAGUAUAUUGCCAUUUAAGAAAAGGUAUUCUCAUUC